CCUGCCCUAUCUGAAACGGAUGAGUGUUCAGUAGUCGAAACAUGUUCAAAUCCAACCUCGAAAUCAUCAACAGACGAUGGAAACGCCAUUUCCAAGGACUUUACGAGGACAUGAUCAGCUCGUUGCGCCUCGCUGGAUCCUCUCCAUCGCUUGGAACCACUUUGCAAUCGCACUCGUGGUCAAAGGCGUCUGUCUUGCUUGGGCAACUUCUAGACCUGCCCCGUAACCGGACAAUCACUCUCCAUCUCUUCGCUUUGGCCUGGAAUGCCUCCCUUCAAGCUAAACAUCCAGAUCACAAGCACACCUGGAUUCGUCAUGCCCUGGGGCUAGCACUUGAAACCGAGGACCAGGAGCUCGUUGUGAAAACUGGAGUACGAUUGGUUGAGUUGAACAUUGAAACUGGGGAUUUACAAGCGGCGGAUCAUAUCGCCUGGGUAUUGGAAACCUCAAACCACCGGCAGAUUCGGAUGCUUCGUUUGCAGAUCCAAAGUGUAAUUCGGCCAAAUCAGAUACCGUUCACCUUAAAAAGAAUUUUCCAACAAUCUCCAAAUCUAGUACCAGAGGACAUAUGGCAUAGUAUUCUUGGACACAUUGCAACAUUGCCCAAUUUUUCAAUCCUUUUUUCGAUGGUUUGCCAUUUGGCUUUGACACGUUGGCCUCAGGAUGAAAAAAUUCACUUACUUCUUCUGGCUACAUCGGAGUCGUCGAAAGAAUGGGACAUUGCAUACGAGAUCGUUGUUCAUGCCAUACAGAACAAGAUCCGUCUGAACAAGGUCAGACAGCCCUUUCUCAAACUUGGCCUCAGUGUUGCGCGUUCUUUGUGGAAAGAGGGGCAAUUUGAGGAGCUCAACAAAUUCUGCGAAAGCCUGAGUUUCGUAAGUUCGAAUCCAGAUUAUUGCGCCUUGCACGAAAAGGUUGUCGAGUACGCUCUUAAGGGUGCUUUAAGAUUAAGGGACUUAAAUAGAGUCAAGGACCUCAUGCGGACCUUCCCUUUAGCGUCUGAAUCUCCCAUCUCGAAGAAAAUUCGCUUACAUUUAGCUUUGAUGGAAAGGAACGAAUUCAAUAUUUGCCAAGAGCUCUUGAACGUUCUUGAUCAACAAACAAAUCCUUUGGAUCAUUUGACAGGAUUCAAGGGAUUGAUUGAUAUCAUGAACGGUCGUAAAACAUAUGAUAUCAACCCAUUACAUCUGAGCAAUCUGUUGGACAAAAUUUGGAAGCAAAUCAAGGACCCAAGGACUCAAGCAAUCACUUUGCAAUGGAUGAUUCAAAUUCAGAUGGAGUUGGCCACGGGUUCAUCAGAUUUUGAUAAUCCACAGCUCAUACAGAGAAUUGCCAACAACGUCAAUUUCUGCUUGAGUAAAUUGAUGGCACAACAAGACUUGUUGCCCUGGUUUUCAAAGGUGUUGUGGAAUGCGUCGUUGGCUUGUAUAUCCCAUUCGCAUUUACGGUCACAAGUCUUGGAGGCGGCGUCCAAACUGUUUGAGGCACAAAGAGAUAUCGUCAGUCAGACCAACUGUCAAAUUUUGAUUGUUGCUACCCAGAUACAAAUCAUCGAAAGCAAAGAAGACUGCGUGGAUAAAUUGAGACUCUUUGAAACUCUUGAAAUUAUGAAGAAGCAAUUAGCAUCCCUCGCUGUGGAUCCGAAAAAGCAAAACGUAGUUAAAAUUUACGAAUUCAAGUUGGCCUUGCUUCUUGAAGACAUCGCUCUUGCCUCUAGAAUCAUAGAGAAAACCAUCGAGGAAGAAUAUGAAGGCUGCCAAACUUUUGCCCUGCUCUAUUGUGUUUUAAGGAAGUAUCCACGAAAAUGUGGAACUAGUUUAUGGUUGUUGGAGAUCAAAGCCCUGCAAGGGUUGAUCAUGUGCGUCACCCGAGUUCCUGGUCAUUCCGCUCGUGAGGUCUUUCACCUCUUUUCCAAACUCCUGGCCACGGGUCUCUUCAUUGAGGAAUUGGAACUACUGGAGGAAGCUCGUCAAACUAUCCAAGAAUAUUUAAAACUUGAAUAUAUGUCAGAGCAAGACGUGCGAUGCCUUGUGGUUAUGGUGAAAAACUUGUGGAAUGGAGGCGUAAAGUUCGGUGAAAAUGGCCAAACUGAUCUGGCACUAUUCUGCAAAAGACUUGCGUUCAAUUUGACAGCUCAUUUGCCAGAGACAGAUCGCACAAAAAUAACUUUGAUCAUCGACAACUUUCGCGAGUAACACGUUUAUUUGGCGAAAAAUGAAAUUAAUCAUUCUUUUUCAGUUACAAAUUUCUUCUAAACUGCGAUUGUGAUUUCCGAUGAACCACUCUCCCGCGUCAUCAUUUAGACAGAAUAAUGGUUCUGCAGAGAACAGCGGUAGAGAAAUUAAUAGAAUAAUAAUAAUUAUCAUCGUAUCAAUGGUUGAAGAAUUCAUGAAUACUUCAGACCCCCAAAGGGUGUCGAA